GUCACCCUGAGGACUCGACCCAAAUCUUGUGUGAGGGCUCUGAAGCCUUAAUGCAAGAGCAGGAGUUGUGGGCUUGAAAGGGGGGUCCAGAUCCAUCCCGGCAGGUGAGCGUGCUCGGGAACAGGGCAACCCCGAGCCCUUAUCCCUGCUUCCAGCCUUAUUUGUGCAUGACAGAUUGAGGGAUGGACCGCCUGGGUGAUGAGGGAAGCAACUAGUACGUACCCAUCUCAUCAGGAGACGAAAAGUGGUCACUUAGGUACAGAUUUCUGCAGGUUUCAUCCUUCACUGGCUUUCUUUGGUUCUAACCUUCUGAUUCAUUCAAAUUCCCGUCCCUUUCACCCUUUGCUGCUUGUGAUAUAUUUAACAACUACCUUCUUUGCCCCUCUUUUCAACUUGCUACCUUCUUGAACCAGCACAAGUUGCCCUUUUGAGGCCCACCCUUGUUUGCAGCUGUGAACGAGGGACUAACAGAGCUUUGGUGUGAUCAUAUUUUCUCUAUGGCAAUGAAACCAAAUCUUGCACUGAAACCCACUCAGUUUUGUUGUGUUUUUUUUUCUUUUGUAACUUGAGAUUGAGUGGGGGCGGGAGGCACAGAUAAUAAGCAACGGUUCUUGGAACACCUUUUAUUCAUUAAGCUCUUGCUAUUAAUGGAAUCGAGCUGUUAUUAAUAGCGUUUAACCUCACACAGCGCAUAGCCUGCCUGCUAACGUCUCAGCCCUUUGCCUUCCCUUACAGUUGCCUGGCUGAAGCCCCAUCCCCAGCAGUGUUAGGGGCACAGGGGGCUCGGGGUCUCAUCCCUCUGGGACGUGGCCUGAGUUUCACAACCUGCUGUUGGUUCCAGUGCGUGUUGGUGGCCUUGGGACCCAUUCAGCAGAGUCUGUGUGUCCGGAGUAUAUCGGUUCUUGCAAGUUCAACAGCACCAGCUGUCUCUGCAACUUAAUCAGGCCUGGGGAAACUUUAACCAAGUGCCUUCCCAGCGUCUAUCUUUCCCCUCUUCAGCUCCUCUUCUGCUUGUUACUUCCUGGCAGCUAUUUCUCUGUUCAAGCCUGUAGAGCCUAUUCUCAAGUGGAAGGGACCUGUAGGACGGUUUCAUGUUUAGUUUUGCGGCAGCUUCCGCUCUGUGUUGGUGUUCGGUCAGCGGAAAUGCUCUCCUCUGCGUGAUGUGCAGCUCAGAUGCUCUUAAAGCCCAAGCACUGCUCCUGAAGACCUGCCCACUGCUGCCACCUGCCUCGGAGUUCAGGGGUGAAGCUGGGUGUUUCAAAGCUGCAAGGAACAGCUCCUCAUCUCAGCUGAUCGCUCUUGCUGUGCGUCAAGGCGCUUUGAAGCGUGAUUUGAUGGGGCGUUUCAGGAUUGCACUGUACCAGGAGAGGGUCCUGUCUGGCUUGGCAGCCGGUGCCUGGAGCCAUGGAAGAGCAGCCAGGUUCUCCAGCCUGCGAGUCCCCCUUUUCCCUGCGGCGUGUCUGCGUUUCCGAAGAUGGGCCUGAAGGUGAAGAGCAGGAGGAGACUCCAGAGAAGGACGCCACCCGGGCACAGCUGGUGGGAGACUCCCCGGAGCGGCACAGGCAGGUUUCUCCUCGCCGUUCAGGACGCUGCUGGCAAGGGCAUGGUUCCUUCGCCCCUCGGGACGUGGACAGCCCUGGCCAGAAGGCAGGAGAGGGUGAGGGGGGUGCCCCGUGCCCUGAGCCCAAGGCACCAGGGGAGCUGCAGCCACGCAGGCCGUUCCGGCGGAAGCACCGGCUCUACCUGAAGCCCAAGUCGAGCCCGGCCCCAGCAUCUCCAGGACCCGGGGAGAGAGCCGAAGAGCCAGGGCCCUCCCGGGGAAAGAGGCUGCGCUUGAUCUGGGGACAGCCCGGUGACUUCCGACGGAAGAAAAACCGUUUGGAGAACGGACUGGAGGAGGCCCCCCUUGUGCCCCAGAGCAGUGAAGAAGAGGAGGAGGGGAAAGGUUCCCGACCCUGCUCCCCCGAGCCGCCUCUUCCCGGAGAUGCCCGUCCCAAGCCGGACUUUGUGCAGCUGAUUGACGAGCACGGCAUCUACUCCACCGCCAAACUCGUGCUGGGCGGCGCGGCGGGCGAGCUGGAGGAGGCGGCGGUGGUGCUGCCGCCCCACCUGAAGCGGGGCGCGAGCGUGGCCAGCAGCGGGGCCGAGUUUGAGAUCCGCGAGGUGAUCGUGGACGAGAAGCCCUUCCAGUGCGGCGUGUGCGAGAAGGCCUUCAAGCGGGCCUGGGAGCUCUUCAGCCACGAGGUGGUGCACAACGAGGAGCGCCCGUUCCGCUGCGACCUCUGCGAGGCCUCCUUCAAGCGCCACUCGGACUUCAAGAGCCACCGGCUGGUGCACACGGAGGAGCGGCCCUUCCGCUGCGAGCUCUGCGGCAAGCGCUUCAAGCGCUCCUCCAACCUCCAGGAGCACCGGCGCAUCCACACGGGCGAGCGGCCCUUCCACUGCGCCUGCUGCGACAAGAGCUUCAAGACGCCCUACGAGCUGCAGCGCCACACGCUCACCCACUGCACCGAGAAGCCCUUCAAGUGCGCGGACUGCGGGAAGGACUUCCCCACCUCCAACGCCCUCCUCCUGCACCAGCGGCAGCACUGCGACGACAAGCCCCACGUCUGCGGCGUCUGCGGCAAGAAGUUCACCUACGGGCACAGCCUCAAGGUGCACGAGCGCGUGCACACGGGCGACCGCCCCUUCGUCUGCCCGCUCUGCGGCAAGGGCUUCAAGCAGUCCAACGCCCUCUCCUCCCACGAACGCGUGCACACGGGCGAGCGCCCCUUUGUCUGCAAAACCUGUGGGAAGGCCUUCAAGCAGUCGUCCUACCUGGUGAUCCACGAGCGGGCGCACACUGGGGAGCGACCCUACAAAUGCGAGGCGUGCGGUAAAGCCUUCGCCCGGCCCUCCUUGCUGCUGCAGCACCACCGCGUGCACAGCCAGGAGCGGCCCUACAAAUGCAGCUUCUGCCACAAGUUCUUCAAGGACCUGGCCUACCUGGCUGUGCACGAGAAGGUGCACACAGGCGAGACCCCCUACAAGUGCAGCGUCUGCGACAAAGGCUUCGCUCACCCGUCCAACCUGCUGCAGCACCAGCGCGUGCACCGCGACGGCUGAGCCCCGGAGCGGCGUGCGCGGUGCGAGUGUUUUGAGGCCAAGAAGCCCACAGCCAUAAGCGAGCGUGCUGCAAGCAUGCCUGCAGCAACAGACGAGCCCCAGGCCAGCCCGCCGCAGCGCGUGUUCCCAUAGGUGUGCAGGGGACUGCUGCAGCGUCCCUGGAGAGGAGCCCGAGAAGUGGGUGCUGCUGCAGCUCUUCUCCUGAGCCUGAACCCAGCAGGGCUUCUGCUGCUUGGCUUUGCUCUGCCAAACCCUGACGCGUGCCGUUCUCUCCGUGCUCCUCCCAGAGAGGUGAUCCCACAGGGGUCCUAACUGAGCUCUGAGGCUGGGGCUCCUGUCUCCCAGCCGGUGCUGCCUGCAGGGAGGUGGCGUGCCGUCCAUGAGCGCUGCUGGCCGCAGGCUGGCCGGUGGCAGCGAGCUGUAGCUUGUGGCACGCCGCCGAUGGGCAGCUGCGAGUCCUGCUGGGAGGCCGUGGUGGUUUCCAGAGGUGAGCUGGGCUGGCCAAGGCUGCGGUGCGGCCGAGAGCCAGUGUCCAGAGCUCUGAAGAGCAGCAUCAGCCAGGCCGUGGCAAGCCCUUUGUUUGGCUGAUGCUAAGGGAUGCUUCUUCUCCCCCCAGUGCUGCAAGGAGGACUUAUCUAGUCACCCCAGUAAGCAUAGCUCAGCCUGGCCACGCAACGGGCUCCAUCAGCAUGUCUGCCUGGUGCCCUGGGGCCAUGCUGCUGCCUUCCUUGAGUGCAAGGUGUAAGCUGGGUGCUCCUGGGGGAGCCCCUCGAAGUAGGGGUGCGCUGCCGCCUGUGACUGAGCCCUGCAGCAGGAGCCCUGCCCGUUUUUUGGGGGGUGUAUACCAGUGAAAAGUAUGGUGGGGGACAGCAGUGUGCAGGCACCUCCCUUUCCUUCUAAUGAAUUUUAAGCGUCCCGUCCAUAUUUCACGCUGCUACUGAUGAUCAGGUUAAUAAUGAAAGCAGUGCCCUUCGCCCUGCUGUGCAGGGGCCACGCGGGCGCUUUGCUGGUACAGCACCACACAGGCUGCCUCUGUUCAGCAGCCCGGUUCUCCCCCCGGGCAGGGAGCAGAGGCGGCGUUGUGUUGGCUGCAGAUCGUGUGUUCUCACUUAAAACUUGGCCUCAAGGCACAGGGGAAGGGGUGGGAGUGGAAGGGUGACCCUGGGAGAGCCGGAGCAAGGAGGAGAAGGCGCAGCCCAGUUGGUGCUGGCGGUGGGGUAUCUUUUGGGGAGAUGUUGGAGGAGAGGUGCGGAGCCACACAGGAGCCACCGUCUUGCCUCUCCCAGCCCAUCUGGAGGAAGGAGCCCGUCAUGGAUUGGAAACACUAACCCUAUUUUCUGCCCCAGGGUGCCGGUAAGGCAGGUAGGGAGCAGAAGAAGGGGGUGCACAUGCUGUGAUCUGCUUUGGGAGCCUUGUCAAGGGACAACCCGUGCUGUAAGCUGUUUCUAGCUGCUUGUGGGACCUGGACGAGGAAGGGGUGAGCACACUCAACCAGCGCUGGAUCCUCCUUGUUCCCAUGCCGUGCGUGCCCAGCAGGUCCAGCGGCAGCACCAGGUCUAGAGCCACCCACGCUGCUGCUGCCACCGAAGUCUGGAUUUGUUCUCUUUGACUGAUGGCUGCUCCUGCUGCUGGGCGGAGGGUGGCGUGCGGACCUUUCCUUGCGAAGGCAAGCCCUGUCCUCCAAUCUGAGCCGCCUUGGAGGGGCCUGGUGUCACGGGCACCUUCCUGGACGCCGGGGCUGUGGGACUGGAGGUGCCAACCCCCGGACUCCUGGUGAUCCUGGUCCUACCCCGUCGCCCUUUUGUAUGGUUCCUGUAGCACUGGGGGCGGGAGGGGAGGCGUGCUCCUCAGCACUCUGCACACUAAUUACAGGACAGUUAUUUAAC